GUAAAUCUUAGAGUGAAUUCUUAACAUAAACACUCAUCUCUUCAGAUUGUGCUGAUGGACUAAUAAAAAGGAUAGGUUAGAAUAUGAAUGGCCAUUUGAAUCAUAAGAUCCAAGCAGAAUUAUAUAAAUUAGUACCACCUUGGCUAUGUAAUUUGGUAUUGAUAAAGGUAAGAUUAUGGAAUAUUAGUUUAGUUCAUUGCUCCUUAAGAUAAGAACAUCUACAACAAACAAUUGAAAGAAAAACAAAUGAUGAUACCUGUGAUUAAACUGAUUUUUAAAUUAUUUUCCAAUUUGAUACUAUAAGGGUUCUUUUUCCAAUAGAAUAAUAAUUUAAUAUUGAUGCCUCUUAAUUCAAUUUGCAUUAUAAUUCUUGCUUAAAUAUUUAUGAGAAUAUGA